AUGUUUAAUCCACAAUAGUUCUACAUCCAACAAAAUAACAAUUUUGAAUUCAACCAAUUUUCUUGCAAUUAACACAAGCAACCCUAUACUUAUAUAGAUCUAUCAUUGAUGUGUGAAAGGGAAUAUAGAAUGAAGUGUCCUAAUUGUUAAUUAGAUCAAAAUUGUAUUCCUAUAGAUGUAUUUGGUAAUUUAUGUGAAAACAUCUAUUAAAACAUUGAUUAAAAUAAUUUUUAAGUAGCGCGAACUGUUUUAUUGAAAUUUUAAAAAGAAAUAGAAGAAAUCUAAGGUUUACUUCAAUAAUUAAACAAUAAAUUAAUAAAGAUUUCAAGUACUCAGAAACCUACUAAUAAUUGUUUGGAAUUAUUAAGCAGUUUUGUGAAUUGUAAAAAGAAAUAAAGUAAUGAAAAAUUAGACUUCUCAAUUUAAAAAUAACAAGAUCAAAUCCUAAUAAAAUUUGGAAUUAAAGAAUUGUAAGAGUUAGCAGAAGUAUUGUCAAAGAAUACUAUUCUCAAUUAAUAAAACCAUAACUAUACUCUAAAAUUUAAAGAUAUUGAUGAUCAAUAAUUAGCUGAAUCAAAUCAAUAUUUCGAAUUCACACAAAAUUUAAAAUAAUAAAUUCUAAACUUUAAAUAGGAGAAUGAUAUUAAAAACGUUGAAAAUAUAUAAAUAUAAUAAGUUAACUAACUGAAUGGUUAAAUAGUGCAAUAGCAGUAGAAAUACACUAACACAUAGAGAAUAUUUGAAAUUCAGAAAAGUUAAAACAUGCUUUUGAAAGAAAAUUAAUCAAUAGCUGAUAUCCAAUUAAAUUAUGAUUAAUCCUUGCUUUGUAUUAGGUUUACUGAGCCAAAUAACUAUCUUAGUAUUUGGAAGUACGACCCUGAAAAAAAAAAAUGGAAUUUUUCGACUUAACUUUAAUGUUAUAUUCACAGUUUGAUAGAUUUUAAACUGAGCAAAUUAGAAAAUGCCUUUGUAACAUGUGGAGAAGAUUCUAAAUAAAUUUAUGCCCCUUAUAAACCUAGUUAGAAUAAUAGUUCAAUUAAGAUUUGGAAGCAAGAGGGGUAUACUUGGAUAGAGAAGCAAAUAUAUAAACCGGUAGUUCAAAGUGGACAUGGAUUUUCAAGAAUUACUUAAGUUCUGUUUAGUAAAUCUGAGAAGUGUAUUUAUUAUGCAGAAGGAAACCGAUUAGUUUUAUUAGAAUUAUAAGGUGAGAAGUAUGUAUUUAAGUAUUAAGAACAAAAGUCAAGUGAAAUAAUUACAAAUUUAUAGAUUUCAAAUGAUGGGAGAAUAAUAGCUGUAGGAGCUUUUGAUUAGAAAAUCAGUUUAUGGAAAAUUGAGGAUGCUAAGUUAAUAUUAAUUUAAUAAUUGAGAUUGCAAAAUAAUCCAAAAAGAAUAUUGUUUAGUUAAAAUGAUUAAGAUUUGUUGAUUUGCACAAAAGAUGGUUUAGUUCAUUGUUUUAACAAAUAAAAAUAGAGAGAAUAUAAAGAAUAUCAAAAGAUCUUCAAUAUCAAAGGUAAAAUUAGAGCAAUUGAAUUUAAUAAUGAUUCGUCAGUAUUGGCAAUUGGAGGAGAAACUAAUGCACUUUAAAUAUGGUAGAAGAAUCAAGAUGAUUAAUGGAUAUUUGUUGAUGAAGCAGUGUAAGAUAAUUUCAUAGAAGCUAUAAGUUUCGCAAAUAAUCCAGAUGUUAUUUAUUCAUCAAACAAUAAUGAACUAUAUAUACAUCAUAUUAUUUGA